AUGUGCUCUUUACUCUCGUCUUUGACGGUUGUGUUUUAAAGUAGUCUGCUGUUUGUUAAAAUAUAAAAUAAAUAAGAAAAAAAUUAAACUGCUCCAUCAAUACGUCGUUCGGUGCUAGUCUCUUUUUAGUCCCGUGUAAAAAAAUUAAAAAUAAAUAUAUAAAAAUCCAUUUGAUUUCAUUUCUUACCCCGUUUGACUCAGCAAAAGACUAUAUCGCCAUCAGCGUUUUCAGAAAUUGAUAUUAUAUUUGUUUUGUGUUUUGCAAAUUAAUAUUAUUGUUGUUGCUGUGUGAUUUGUGUUUUUUAUUUUAUUUGUUUCAAAGUGUAAAGAAGGGGAAAUAAAAACCCAAUAACAACAACAAUAUUCAUAUAAAAAAGUGCAACGCAAUAUUCUUGGUUUCAAAGUGUUUUACAAUUUAAACAAAAAAAGUUAGAAAAACAAAUUUUCAAACAAAAAUUUUAAAAAGCUAAUUUGAAUUUAUAAUUUGUUAUACAUUUCUUUCGAAAUUUUCGAUUUUUUUAUGUGAAAGUAGAAAUUUUGUUGAAAAUAAUAAAAAAAAGUGUGUAUUUUAUUAUUCGCUGCUUACUGUUCACUCUUUCUUCGUUUUGUGGUGUUUCUGCUUUUGUUGGAAUACAAUUUUGUAUUUGGGGAUUCGUGCUGCUUAUUUUCCUGAUUCCCAUCUUCAUCACCGACGUCUACAUCUAAAAACAUCGUGUUGAUUGUUUUUUCUCGAUUAGGUACAUAUAUUGUUUAAUAUAACAAAUUUAAAAUUCUAUUGCAUUUAUUUGUGCAGCAUUCUCUAAUAUUUGAGAUCAUAUAUCAGAAUAUAUUCAAAAUUACACUGACAUCAUAUUAAAAAAAAAUCAUUGAUCCAUCGUUCAAUUGGCUAAAAACAAAAUCAUCCAUAAACAUUAAAUAAAAAACCAUUCAUUAUCAUAAGCGAAUAUAUGUAUAAUGCCUUUAUGAUGACAUUGAAUGCAUUGGAAACUUAACUCUAAAAAAAACUGGACAAAAAUUCUAAUAACAUCAACCACAACAAGGAUAUUAUUCUCCAACUAAUAGUGGGGCAUCAUUUAUAUUGUUUUAGAAACUUUAGUGGGAGAUUCCCGUUAAACGGCAGCGCCUCUCUAUUAUUGAAACAAAAUUAGAAUUCAAUUUAGUUUCUAUUUGUAAGAAAAAGGCACGCAUUACGCGCAGCACAAACACAAUUUGUCACAAUGAAUUUGUGGAAACGUAUUGCGUGCAAUCCGGAAGUAAAACAAUCCAUGAUACAAUAUUACGAUGAAAAAGGGUUAGCCGAUAUACGAAUCUAUUUAGCACCAUGGAUUGAAGAAAGAAUAAUGUCAGAACGUAUCAAUACUCCAUCGACUGAACUUUAUGAACGAAUAGCCCAUCAAUUCUAUGAGGAACUGAAACAGAAACUCAUUCCACUUAGCAACGAUAAUUUGAUGAAAUUUAAACUUGCGGAAAUUUGCACAAGCGUAACACAAACACCAGCCGUGGAGUUAUACACACACUUUCGUAGCGGUCUUCAGCGUGAAAUACAGCUGGUCGACCAAAUGCCACAGUUUUCAUACAUGAGUGGUGUUGGUAUUAAUGGCACUGGCGGUGGUAAUGCCGCCAUGUUGGGUGGUGGCGCCAUACCUGUUGCAACAGCUAUGCACACGCCCACAAUCGGAUCCGCCGUCAACGGUGGAAGUGGUUAUGUCGGCAAUGACCUCUACGCCCUGCACGGCCUUAUAACCAAAUUAAACAUGGAUAUUAGUGCGGUCUUUGCUGAAAUGACACAGUUUCGUAGUAAUUAUGAAACAUUUCAUAACUGUUUUAACACCUACAAUCAACGUAAGCCCCAUAUGUCACCGCAAGAAAUACAAACAAACGAUUUACAGCUACAGGAUCAAUGUCGCAUGUUAGCCACAACACGUAGCAGCAUAUUGGGCGAUUUAGAUCGUAUCAUCAACACUUAUACCACCAUACAAACAACGGUGAUAACCGAAUUGAAAAACUGGCAACGUAAUCAGGCCCUGGCUGGUAAUGGUGCACCAUUCCGUGAUAAUUUGGAUGAUAUACAACGUUGCAUUGAGCUGUUGGUUGAAAUGGUUGGUCGAAUAUUGGAAAAUGUCAAUAUGAUGAAUAUGAUACGUUUGGAUAAUAAUGAUGACAUUGGUGAAAUGAUAAAUCGCGUACGUCAGGCUCAACAGUUGUUGGUGUUGUCAUCGUUUAUUGUUGAAAAACAACCGCCACAGGUCAUGAAAACCAAUACCAGAUUUGCAGCUGCAGUACGAUGGCUUAUUGGACCACAAUUGGGUAUAAGUGUUAAUAGUCCUACAGUGGAAUGUAUUAUAUUAUCAGAGGCACAGGCUCAACGUCAUUCCGCACAACGUACCAUGUCUGAGUCAUCAAGCAGUAAUCCAGCAUCAUCUGGUGAAAUUGUAAACAAUAUGGGUACUAUGGAAUAUAAUAAUCAGACCAGAGUUUUUUCAGCCAGUUUCAGAACAAUGCAAUUGAAGAAAAUCAAACGUGCUGAAAAGAAAGGCACUGAAAGUGUCAUGGAUGAAAAAUUUGCUUUACUCUUUUAUACAUCGGUUAUAGUCAAUGAUUAUAGAAUUAGGGUUUGGACAAUUUCUUUACCCGUAGUCGUUAUAGUGCACGGUAAUCAAGAGCCACAGUCAUGGGCCACCAUCACAUGGGAUAAUGCAUUCUCUGAUAUUGUACGUGAACCUUUUCAAGUGCCCGAAAGAGUUGCUUGGUCUCAGUUAGCCAUGGCAUUAAAUACCAAAUUUGAAUCAUCGACGGGUCGUGCUUUAACCGAAGAAAAUUUAAAUUUCUUGCAUGAAAAACUGUUCCGCCGUAAUGGUAUGAAUGGCGAUGAUGAUUAUAUAUCUUGGGCACAGUUCUGCAAAGAACCGUUGCCCGAUCGUUCGUUUACCUUUUGGGAUUGGUUCUUUGCCAUUAUGAAAUUAACCAAAGAUCAUUUGCUAAGUCUAUGGAAGGCCGGUUUAAUUGUGGGUUUCAUUAACAAACGCAAAGCUGAGGAAAUGUUACGGAUUUUACCCUUGGGUACAUUCUUAUUACGUUUCUCAGACAGUGAAUUAGGUGGAAUAACUGUUGGUUUUGUUACCGAACAAAGUUCAGUGUUAAUGUUGUCACCAUGGACAGCACGUGAUCUAAAUAUACGCGGCUUAGCUGAUCGUAUACAUGAUCUGGAAGUUUUACGUUUUGUUUAUCCAUCGAAUCGUAUGCGCGAUGAAGCUUUUGGUGAAUUUUAUACACAAAGAAUGGAUGAAAAUGCCCGUCGUGAUGGUUAUGUACCAAAUACUAUACGAGUAAAUGUACCAGCCAUAGAAGGUGUUGGCGGUGUUACACCUCAACACAAUAUUCAAUCCCCACAUCCACAAGAUAUGCAAAUGGGAAACGACAACAUACAUUUUACGGACUUCGAUUCAAUACUUCAAUAUUGAACGCAAUUUAAAUUUAAUUUUAAUAAAAACAUAAUACUAUUUUAUAUACAUACAUAUUUUUUUAACAAUUUAUCUAUUAUAUAUUCUUUGUUGCUAUAAAAAAAAAAGUUAUAUAACUAAUUAAUUAUACUGAAAGGAACAUAAGUAGAAACGUAUUUUGAAUACGAAACAAUUAAAAAAAAAAAAAAAGAUUACAUAUUGGCAUAUAAACUCAUAAAGGAAAUUUCAAGUAAAUCAUAAUUAUAACAAGAAAUAUAAAAUAACAUUUAUAAAUGUGCACUUUCAAUGUGAAAAAAAGAGGAUUUAAACAAAAACGAAAUACAUAUUUUUUAAAUUUCAAUAACUUUAAAUUGAAAGCUAAAUAAGAAAAACUGACGUCCAGACUCUGAGAUACAAAACAAAAAAAGAUAAAGUAAAAUAUAUAUUUAAUUUUAGAAAUUUUUAAUGGUGAACCUACUUUAAAUGUUUUUGAAACAAUUUUACAUACAUACAAAUCAUAUAAUUGUAUAAUCUUUAAAAUCCAAAACUUAUUUCGUUAUUAAUAUAAAUAAAUUUUAAAUAUAUACCUACAUACAAUAUACAUAUAGUUUUGUCGUCGUCCACCCACUAUUUCAAACUAAAAGUGUUUAUGAAAAAUUAAAUUUGUAUAAUUUUCUUAAGAAAAUAACUUUAAAUAAAACAAGUGAUUAAAAAAAAAAA